AAUUUACCUCCCAUGUACCUUUUCUCAGGAAGCUUCUAGAGAAUGUGCUCUACAAAAAUGAGGCUGUAAACCAAGAAAGAGGAAACCAUGGGAUCCAGGAAACGGGGGACACAACACAGGCGAGAGGCACAGGGAUUUCGCAAGAUGGUGUUAAAAAGAAGCCCCAGGACAACAGAAACUGAUGAUCUCCGUGGGGACCCUGAACUCAGCCUUCAAAGUGCUUCUGCCCCCCAGGAUACUCAUAAUUCAAUAGUAGAUGUUGGUGGCCUUGAAAGUAUCACCCAGUGUCCCCAGCAGCUUCCUCAGAUUAUGGCUGCAGCCCCUGAUGGUUUGGGGAGUAUAGCAAUAGACACAACCCAGCUCAGCAUGUCCGUGACAGAUCCCACAGCCUGGGCCACCGCCAUGAAUAAUUUGGGCAUGGUUCCUGUGGGGUUGCCUGGACAGCAGCUUGUGUCUGACCCCAUCUGCGUACCAGGCUUUGAUCCAGGCCUCAACAUGAUGACUGGGAUCACCCCCAUUAACCCAAUGAUACCGGGCUUGGGGCUGGUACCACCCCCCCCACCAACAGAAGUGGCUGUCAUCAAAGAAAUAAUCCACUGCAAGAGUUGUACUCUUUUCCCUCAAAAUCCAAAUCUUCCACCUCCUUCCACAAGAGAACGACCUCCUGGGUGUAAGACUGUGUUUGUCGGAGGACUACCAGAAAAUGCUACUGAGGAAAUUAUUCAAGAAGUCUUUGAGCAGUGUGGUGAUAUUACAGCGAUUCGGAAAAGCAAGAAGAAUUUUUGUCACAUUCGCUUUGCAGAGGAAUUCAUGGUUGAUAAAGCCAUUUACCUUUCUGGUUAUCGGAUGCGAUUAGGGUCUAGCACAGACAAAAAAGAUUCUGGGCGCCUUCAUGUGGACUUUGCCCAGGCCAGGGAUGACUUCUACGAGUGGGAGUGCAAGCAGAGGAUGCGUGCCCGCGAGGAGCGGCACCGGCGCAAGCUGGAGGAAGACCGGCUUCGGCCACCCUCCCCGCCUGCUAUCAUGCACUACUCAGAGCACGAAGCUGCUUUGCUGGCUGAGAAGCUGAAAGAUGAUAGCAAGUUUUCCGAGGCUAUCACAGUGCUACUUUCCUGGAUUGAAAGAGGGGAAGUGAAUCGGCGUUCUGCAAACCAAUUCUAUUCCAUGGUGCAAUCGGCCAACAGCCACGUCCGCCGGCUAAUGAAUGAAAAAGCUACCCAUGAGCAAGAGAUGGAAGAAGCCAAGGAGAAUUUUAAAAAUGCCUUAACUGGAAUCCUCACUCAAUUUGAGCAGAUUGUGGCCGUUUUCAACGCUUCUACCAGACAAAAAGCUUGGGACCAUUUCUCGAAAGCUCAGCGCAAGAACAUAGACAUUUGGCGAAAGCAUUCUGAGGAGCUCCGGAAUGCUCAAAGUGAACAACUCAUGGGCAUCCGCCGUGAAGAAGAAAUGGAAAUGUCAGAUGAUGAUGAGAAUUGUGACAGCCCCACUAAAAAAAUGAGAGUUGAUGAAUCAGCCCUGGCUGCUCAAGCCUAUGCUCUGAAAGAAGAGAACGACAGUCUCCGUUGGCAGCUGGAUGCCUACAGGAAUGAGGUGGAGCUGCUGAAACAAGAAAAGGAACAGCUUUUCCGAACAGAAGAGAACCUCACCAAGGACCAGCAGCUCCAGUUCCUGCAGCAGACCAUGCAAGGCAUGCAGCAGCAAUUGCUGACCAUCCAGGAGGAGUUAAACAACAAAAAGUCAGAACUGGAACAAGCAAAGGAAGAGCAGUCACACACACAAGCAUUACUUAAAGUUCUCCAGGAACAAUUAAAAGGUACCAAGGAGUUGGUUGAGACCAAUGGCCACAGCCAUGAGGACACAAAUGAAAUCAAUGUGUUAACAGUUGCAUUAGUCAACCAAGACCGAGAAAACAAUAUUGAUAAAAGAAGUCAAGGCUUAAAAUCAGAAAAAGAAGCUCUACUUAUUGGCAUCAUAUCGACGUUUCUUCACGUCCAUCCUUUCGGAGCCAAUAUAGAAUAUCUCUGGUCAUACAUGCAACAGCUGGACUCUAAGAUAUCAGCAAAUGAAAUUGAAAUGCUUCUGAUGAGACUGCCACGCAUGUUUAAACAGGAAUUCACAGGCGUGGGAGCAACACUGGAAAAAAGGUGGAAGUUGUGUGCCUUUGAAGGAAUCAAAACAACUUAACUAUGAAAAGCAAAACAAAAUCUCUGGAAAUGAAACCGCCUGAACCCGUCCGGGGCUGUGCAGUGUGAGCGCAGGAGGUUCGGGUUGGUCCUGCGCGGACCUCGGUGGAGCCAGCAGAGCCUGACUAGUUCCAUCUGUGGUGUUCUCUUGUGAGUGGAAAUGUAAUAGUGUACCAGUUCCCUAAAACAAACAAAGCUUCAUACUGUGACAGAUCUGUUUCCUAUGAAAACCACACAAUGAUUCCACAGUCAUAAUGAUGGCAAAAUCUUCAGAUAUGCUACAUUUGAGAAUAGCUCACCAAGCAAAAUAUUUAAAGUUAAUGAUGGUGUAGCGAUGGUUGUUGCUAGGCUACAGAGUUGUAUAUAUAAUGUAUAGCUGAAAUCAUUCGAUGACAUUUUCCUAAAAGUCUUUCUGUUUUAGUAAAAAAAAAAACUAAUUUUACAGUGAGGAGAAAUCAUACCAAAAGAAAACUUGAAUAUGUGUCUGAACAGUUAUUGUAUUUUAAUAUAAAUUAAGUUAUAUGCUAUUCCAAGGACUUUUGCCUUAUUGAAGAGGCAGAAAAUGUGAUUGGGCUCCUUGGGAAUGCUAUAUCAAGAAUAUUAUUUUUCUAAUGUAACAAUUCUCCAUCAUAAGUUCUUUUAACACGGACUGCAUAAUAAUUUUCAUAAAAUGUAAAUAAAGGAAGAAACUAGUGCUAUUGUCUUGUACUUGGUAUGUAAUAUUGGGGUUUAUGCAUCAAAAUAAAUAUUCAGUAAAUAUUCCUGUUACAAAUUUUAUAGCAAAGAUAUUAAAUUUUUUUUCAAUAAAUAUGACUUCUACCAUA